UGUAGGAUGAAAAAGUACAUCAAGGUUUGUCCUGAGGGACCACCAAACAACCUCUAACCUGCAGUCAGGGAAUAAGUUAAUGUAACUGUAGAUUUUCUUAAGUACAUGCCAGGGAAUUUUUCCAUGUGGACAUUUCUGCUUAUAGAAAACCGAGUGCACUGUGACUUUACAUUUUAAUAUCAUGACAUGUGCAUGAGGAAUGAGAUUGAUGUGUAUGAUUGUGAAUAAAUGCUUCAAAACAUUUAGAAGACAUGCUGAUAUUAGAUAUUUUGUGUGUGGGUCUAAAGUGCAUAUAUAGACUGUAGUUUACAAUUCCAUCUUAAAUGUUGAAGAAUGAUAUACAUUUCGAUUUAUUGCUGAAUUCUGUGUGUAUAGAUUUGUGAGCAAAUAGGUGCAGGCAAAGUGUUUUAAUAAGUAUUCAGUUUCAUAUUGGCUCCAGCAUGGACGCUCCGCCUGCUCUCGUCGAGGAUAUUGACUUUCCCGCAAGUUAAAGUAUUUAAAUGUAGAGGGAGACAGAUGCUGUAUGUGCACUGGAGGCGACCACAAGAAACACACGUGUGGGAGGAAGGUUGACGUUGGAGUUUUACUAUCUGUGCAUCUUGUAGAGGGACAGCUGUAGCAUCAUUGCUGCAACUGCACGGAAACCGAAUAAAGCCGUUUUGCUACCCGUGGGAUUCAUUCAACAUGUUUUAAUUGAGUCACACAUUUUCAGGAAAUUCACAGGGCGCAUCUGACCGCUGAUGCGUAAAGAUCCGUGCGUAAAACUAAAAAUAAUCGCCAAUGCUCUGUCACAGAAAGUCAGAGAGGAUGUAUUCCGACUUGAAACGUUAAUCAAGACCUUCACGACUUAAGACUGAUUGACGUGAAGAAUAUUUGAUGGAGGUCGUUUGGUGACAGCGGCACUUUCUCCGGACUUUCAGUUUGGAUUGGCACCGCAGCGCCUUUAACUCUUCUGGACUUUUUUCCUGCAAGGUGGAGAGUGGAUCCUGUACCUGCAUGGGACCCUGACACUUUCUGGAUCUCUUAAUUGUCACGGCUAUCGCCUUCUAUGUGUAACAAGAGGGGGAUAAAACGGAGCUGAAAUCCCCAUCAGGAGGAACUUUAUUUCCGAGAGCUUCCAGCGCCGCAUCAGUGGAGUAUUCAUGAAGCAAUAUUUGAACUAUUACAAGAUGAGGCUGAGAACAUCGAGGUUAGGUUAUCUGUUAAUUCAGUUCACAGCGCUUUGCUUUUACGCACAGAACACUGUGCAGUCUCCUCCUAACUUCAAGCACCAUGUCACCGAGCAGAGCCGACUGUCGGACCGGAUGAGCCGCAGGUUGACACGAACCUACCAGCUGUACAGCCGCACCAGCGGGAAACACGUCCAGGUCCUGGCCAACAAGCGGGUCAACGCCAACGGGGACGACGGAGCGGUGCACGCUAAACUGGAGGUGGAGACAGACUCUUUUGGAAGUCGUAUCCGUAUUAAAGGGGUGAAGACAGGAUACUACAUAUGUAUGAACAAGAGGGGGAAGCUGAUCGGCAAGCGGAAAGGACGAGGCAAAGACUGCAUCUUCACCGAGAUUGUUCUGGAAAACAACUACACGGCACUCCAGAACGCCAAGUACGAGGGCUGGUACAUGGCUUUUACACGCAAGGGCCGUCCCAGGAAGGCCUCCAAGACCAAGCAGCACCAGAGGGAGGCCCACUUCAUGAAGCGUCUACCCAGGGGGCACUUGCUGAACGAGAGGAGACCGUUUGACGUCCUCCCUCUCGCUGUCCCUGCGCAGCCUUUGAACAAGCGGACUAAACAUUCCCAUCACCAGCGCUCAGGGGGCCGCUGAGGACUGAAACCACUGAGGGAGAACUGUGGAUGAACAGAGGAACCACUACAAGAGAAGACAAGUGCUCCCAGAGAAAUUAACUUUUACAGUCAAGUGCCCAUACACUUUUUGCCUCAUUUUGUGGACGUUUUAUGUAAUUCUUUGUACUGGAUUUUAUGUAAACAUUGACUAUCUAAUCUGCUAGUUAUUUCCAAUUCAGACAGACUUUAGGGCAGACUUUUACUUAUUAAAUCAGGGGGAAAUUUAAGUACAGAAGAGCUCAAAUGAAACUGUUAUGAGUGAAAACCUUUGGUUAGAAGUUAGCCAGCUCAGCAACAAAGAAUGUUUAAAAGAGAAAAGUACAAUGAAGCUAGACACGGCAGCUAUCUGUGGAUUUUCUUGUGGACUAUCUUGACUGAGGCUAUUUUGGAGAAAUUUUAACCUGUUUUUUUUUUCUACAUAUAUGAAUAUAUUUUUACUGUAAAAAUGUAAAUGACGUCAAAUGAUGGAAAUAUUUAUUGUAGAGUGUAUAUUAAAACCACUAAGAAUCA